AUGUUCCAUCUUUUUACGCUCCAUCAAGCUAGAUCCUCCGGCCUCUGCCCUAUUGGAGUGACUUUUGAGAAUUCUCAAAAGAUCCUCCAGCCUCUGCCCUUCCCCCUCUUGUGGCGCUUCUUCUCAUGCACUGCACCGCACCUCACCCUUACCCUUCUGGCACUUUCCUUCCCCUUACCACUUCCUCUCCCACGUUGCGCUUCUUCCGGUGUGCCCCACCCCUUGCCUCAACCCGCUUUCCUCUGUUCCCUCCCCUCCUCCCAUCCCAGGUGGCGCUUCUUCCCGUGUGCCUCGCCGGUGCCACCCCCAUCACAGUGGGUGGAGGCGCUGGCAGCGCGGGGCAUUCGGGAGAUCAGCUUUGUGGGCGACUCGCACCAGCGCUUUCUUAUGCUCUUUUUAAACUACCUCGUUAUGCACGACGUCGACGAUGCCCUCUGGAAGUUCCACGGGGAUAUUGUUAUCAACAUUCCGCCGCCCAAGGGGAGGGCGGACUUAAAGCCGCUGAAAUUGAAUUUUUAUUGGGUGGACGGAAUGUACCAUAACGACGAGUACGGAUGCACGUGA